ACGUUGCGAGGGGCGGGGAGUGUGCAUGGGGGACGGAGGAGCCGAGGAGGGGAUGCCAGGCUCCCGUCACCUUCUUUCUCUCUCUCUCUCUUCCCCCUUCGUCUGUAGCUUGUACUGUGCGUGGGAGGCAGGAGGCUAUGUUUACCUACCUGCUUAUCACAGAGCCGCGCUCGUCGCUACAAAGGAUUAUGGUCUUUAAGACACAAAACUGACUUGUCUGUGUGCUGAUAGUCUGAUGACGUUUCGGUUUAACACAAUAGCGUUCAGGUAAACCGAAGCGGCGACGCGUGCGACUUAUCAGCCAGCGAUAAGACUAACGAUCACUUAUCACUGGUGGAACUGAAAUUGUGAUCGAAUUAUGAUUCAAAAACAUUUAUAGUUUGAAGUGGGCGUGAUCGGAAACUGCAGGCAGACGAGUGCUCGGCCUUCGGGGACCUAGUGCAGCUUCAGUGGUCAGCGCUGCCCACUUCGAGCUGAUAGUAAGAGUUUCCUAAGCUUAAGUGAGAGAGACGGCGCACGUGAGAAGCGCACGCCGGACCUGAUGUAGUCAACCGCGAGCAGGGAGAGCGCCGCAGGAGAGGACAGGAAGGCAAGUCGCCAGGCCAAGCGGAGUCGGUUCCUCGCCGCCAUGUCCACCAGGUGUUCCACGGAGAGGAGGAAGGUGCGGCAGCGGCGCCUGCGGAAGCGGCCCCUCGCAGCCUCCCCGUCGGCGUCCUCCUCCGCCUCGUCGUCGACGGGGGAGGGAGGGACAUCUGCCGGACUCCUGCCGUCGCUCCGCUCGCGCCGCCAGCGUCGCCAGCAACCCAUGCAUGAGAUGUUGCAUGUGGCCCGAGAGUGCUCAAACAGGGAAGCAGGUGGUCGCCUUUUAACUUUUGGGGAACUCUGCCUCUUCACCACAGAGUUGCGACAAUGUUACGAAAAAGAGACUCCUCGGCCAGCACUUCUAUCAAAGUUGUCAGACAAAUCCGUUGGAGACAAGAAAAGAAGUGAGAGAAAAAUGUCAAAAUCAUCACCUAAGUAUGAGGUUUUCCUGGGUGGGUCGUGUAACCCCACGACCUGGCGUCAAAAUGUGGCGAUCCCCAUGCUGAAGGAUCAGGGCAUCUCCUUUUAUAACCCACAAGUGUCUCACUGGGAAGAAGCACUGGUGGAGCUGGAGUAUCAGGCAAAACAGACUGCAUCAGUACUGUUUUUUGUGCUGGAUAGAGCAACUCGUAAUGUAGCAUCAAUGAUAGAAGCAGCUUUCAUGGCUGGCUGCCGUCGUAAGCUUGUGGUUGUCAUGGACUCUUAUACAGGUCCAGGGCAGCUGAUUGGGGGAGAAGCAAUCUCAGAGCUAGAGUACAGGGAACUUACCAAUGGCCUCCACACAGUGCAAGACCUUGUGGAGAGGCAAGGAAUUCCAGUCUUUCCUGAGAUUAAUCAUGCUCUUAAUUGUACAGCUAAGAUUCUUCGAGAGAAUCUUCGACCUGAAGACCUUGGUCUUGAAGAUCAAGUGCAGCCCAUUAAGUAUCCCUAUCUUCAACUUGGAGACAAGCUGAUAAAGCUUCAUGAUGCAUUUGUCAACACCAAUUCAGAGCAUAUAACACUAGCAGAGGCACGGGUAGCAUACAAAGUGGUCACAAAUAAGGAACUGACUAAUGAAGAACUCCAAGCAAUUGUUGCAGCUAAAAAAGGAAUGGAGAUGCAGGAAUUGAAUGGUACAGAGCUCCCACUCAGUGAUGUUUUUCUCACCUUUGAUGAAUUUUGCUGUAUUGUAGCAGAGUUUAAGAAUCAGAGAUUAGAAAGCAGGAGACUCUGGGAUGUUUUUACACACUCGGUUGUGUCUCCAAUUCAGAAAGUGUUUAGUUGGGCGUUACCACGACGACCACUGAGGCCAAUCAGCAGUACAGGAGAGCGUGAUGUGUACCUUGGAGGAUCUCUAGGAAACAGAGAGACAUGGCGUGAAGACAUUGCCAUUCCUAUGCUUUUGAAACAUGGGCUCUCCUUUUUCAAUCCUGCUGCCAGUGCUUGCUCAGGACGACUGCUGCCCAUGGAGGCUGCUCUCAUGGAAAACUCAAGGGUUCUCCUCUUUGUUAUCACUAACACAACGCUGGGUGUAUCUGCAAUGGCACUGGCAUCACAUUACAUUGGCCUUGGUUGCAAUGUUGUUUUAUGUAUACAGAUGUUAACUGCAGAUGCAACUAUCUGUGGAGAACAGUUAUCUCGAACUGCAGUAAAGGACUACAAUCGAGGAAGAACAUAUCUUAUAGAUCAAGCUAACAAAGAAGGGAUUCUAAUCUUCAAAAACAUCCAGGAAGCUGUUGAAUGUGUUAUAAACAAAUGUCGUACAAGAUAGUCAAACCAAGUGUUUAUGAGUGUGUGAUCUGUGUAUCAAAGAAAAUUUGUGCAUAAAGAUAUAAGUAAAAACUUACAUGAAGAUUUAAGAGGCAUGUUAUGGCUGUCUGUAUGUUUUUAUGGAUGAUUGAAUGUGGGAAGCAUUUAUUUGCUGAAGCACUGAAAUUCUCCAUGUUAGAAAACUACGUGUUAGAAAAGAAUUCUUCUGAACAAGAAUUUCCAAUGGAACCUAACAAGUGGAGCAGCUAGAUUCCCAGAAGUUUGUGUCUCUUACAAACAUAUGCAGGUGUUGAUCACCAUCCCUUUUCUGUCUGGACAGGUGUAGAUGAGUUUAUUAGGUGUUGAAAAACCAUUGUUUACUGGUGUCGGUGAAUUUCAACUGUAAUAUAUCAGGCUUGUUCAGUUGUGUUCAUGAACAUUAAACAUGUGUUGUGGACUUGUAUGAAGUUGAUCUGUUUUCUGGAUAUGAAAUCCAGUCAUGGAGAUGUGCCCCAAGGAAAAAUUAAUUGUGGGCUUCAUGAGUGCAGUUAAAGCUAAUGUCCAACCAGUGCAGCAUAAAAAGAGCAGCAAGAAUAUGAUAAGCUUCAAGGGCAGAACUGGCAAAGUGUCAGAAUAAAUGCCUUUAUAGUAUAUUCUAAAAAUAUUAUGUGCAUUCAUGUUACAAAUGAACCUGGACUGAACAAAAGGUGAGGUGAAUGAUUCCUCAAGGGAACUGUAGAGAGAUUGAGAUGAAAGGAACUGAUAAAUGUUAUCAAAAAUCAAUCAUGAACUCCCAAAUUAGAGUAUAGGGCUUUCCUAUUAAGUGUAUUACAGAAAUCCUAUUUGAUUGGUCAAGUUUUUCAAGUGGUAAAUCCAUUGCUAGAGAUGGAAGUUUCUGAUCACCCUGAGGGAGUAUGGGAAGUGAAUAUGUUUUAAACUAAUUUAUAUAAAAUACUCAUGUAGGUAUCUCGUAUGAUUUAUGUAGUUGCUUAAGAAAUCUUGUGCCAGUUGGAAAAAGAUCCACAGAAAGUGGGGAUAGGUCAAGUUGCAGAAAGAGUAGCUAGAUAUCAGUCAUGAGACAGGUAGCAGACAGUGUUGGGUCUCUCCUAAAGUUUUGAAGUGAAUCAUUAUUAUUGGAAGGAAAGUACAGUCAGUUUUCACCUUUUAUUUUGUGUAGUCCUAAGGAUUGGGAUUGCUAAACUUGUCUCAUGUCAUUAGCUGGUACAGGAAGACAUCUCAGGUUUGCAGAUGAUUGAAUGUCAUCUUUGUUAUUGUUGUCCAUUCUUUCAGUAGAGUGAGAGUGAGUCGGCCUCUUUUAACAUUUGGUUAGAAGCUUAAGUACAAGCUCCCAUGUCAGGAAUAUCCCCAGUGUUGGAUGCAAUAUUGUGUUUUUGGGUAUCUUGAAGUGUCGCAGGCACAUUACUCAGUGUUUAAGAUUCUCACAAGGUUGUACAACUUCAUACUGCAUCACGUUUCAAUACAUUCCCUUUGUGAAGUGUUUUAAUGGUGCAUCUUUAAUCUUAUUCUUUUCUCUUCUUUUAACUACAAGGAUUACAGAUAGAUGGCAGCUUUUCUUUGAUAGCCUUUAGCAUGAAUGCUCAUAUGAUUUAGCCAUAACCACUGUCAUUCCAUUAAUAAUGUGCCUCUAUUGACAGUGGAUAGUUUAGUGUAUACAGAUAACCCACCGCAAUUUGAAUAUCUCUCAGUAAAUCAGCUAAUUUCCUGAGAUGGCUGGUUAUGUGGUAUUCAAAACCUUCAGUCGUAAAGCUUGUUCAAUCAGUUACACUGACAAUCUUUAAAGGAGAUAUUUUCAUAAUUGCAUGCACUAAUAUAUUUCACCCACAAUGCUCUGCAUAUAAGGUAUGUGAGUCUGUUCAUGCUUUUCUGAUAUUUUGUGUCAUCCAGUUGUUAUUGGUACAGAAUUGUAUCAUUAAAAACUCUUCUUGCUCAUACAUUGUCAUACAGUGUUAUUCUUUGUAGACAGUAUUGGUAUUCUAAAAUUCACAGAGAAUGUCAUCAAUAGUUUUUGUAUAUUUGUUGUCAUCAUCAAAAUGCACAGAUGUCACAUUUACAUUAUGUUAAAUUUGGAUAUAGUUGAAUAUAUAGUUUAUCAGUCUCAAAUUUCCUCUCUUAACAUUUUUCAAAUCAACAUCUUUGUUGAAUCUCCACUGCAGGUCAAUUGAAAAGCAAAAACAUUGAUGUAAAUAUUGUAAAUAAAUUCAUAAAUGAUGAAACUAGACUUGGUAGAGGAUUGGUUCACAGUUUACAGCCUCUCUUUAGUAGGUCUGAUCAGUGAAAGGCUUGCUAAUUUUUUCCCUCCAUUUUUCUGAACAUAAAAUAUGAGGACUAUGCCAGUGUAUAGGCUAAAACAAGAUAUAGGAUGUUAAAUUAUGAAAGUAAGGUCACUAGGUUGAAAAGAUCGAUUUACUAUACAUAACAUUUUAUUUUUAUAAGAUUUAAAGUAUAUAGCAUCAUUAUUUUAAUUAUAAUAUUAAAAUAUAGUUGGAGAAGUACUAUUAAUAAAUGUAUAAAGAUAUAUAUAUAUAUAUAUAUAUAUAUAUAUAUAUAUAUAUAUAUAUAUAUAUAUAUAUAUAUAUAUAUAUAUAUAUAUAUAUAUGUAUGUAUGUAUAUAUAUACAUAAACAUAUACAUAUACAUAUACAUACACAUAUACAUACACAUAUACAUACACAUACACAUACAUACAUAAUUGCCUGCAGCAAUGUUGCAGUCCCAUUUUUUUAUAAUUAUUUUUUGUUGUAUAUGAUGCCAUUUUUGGUCAUAUCCAAUUGGCUGACACACUAACUAUAGAGUAUAUACUGAUGAAUAUUAUUGAUAUUUAUUUUUACAUCAGCAUUCAGAAGUACUUUUUCAUUCUUGUAUGCAGUGAUGGGGAUAUGCUUAUCAUCGAGGCAAAAGAGAUUGCAUGCAUUCUUAUUUUUCACUUCAGUUGCUUUGAAAUAAUCCAUCCAUUAAAAGUCAAUUAUGACCCUAGAAUGUAGGAGUUACAUUCAUAUCUAGAAAUGUGCAAUUUCAGAUUACUUAUAUCAGCUGUUUGUAUUCCAAAUGUAUUGCUCAAAUUCAGUUUAUUACUCAAUACAUAUAAUAUAUAUAUUAUUUUAUUCUUAAUAUAUUCCCAUACAGCUGCUUAUUAUAUAUGCCAUCAACAUGACUGCAAUAUUUCAUUAAUGCCCACACUUUCACCAACACACUCAUUAUCAGUUCAGUAGUGACCUUCCUAAAAAAAGGAUAUUCUUUAUCUUUCCCAAUGAAGCAAUGUAUAAUUUCUGUCUCUAAAAUAUUAUUAACCUAGAGCUGCUUUAAAGGGUAUUUCACUUCAGGGAGGAAUUCUAGAAUGUUCUCAUUUCUACAGUGACAGCUUUUGUGGAUGAUGGGCAGGUGUAGUGAACACCAGUUUAUGUGAUAUUUUAUUUAUUGGAAACCUGUACAACAGCUGAUUUUAUAUCCUUUUUAUUAAGAUGGCUGCCAUAUUUCAUUUGUAUUGUAGAUCACUAAAUGGUUUGUGUAUACCACAGUAUCAUAUUAUAUUAAAAAUAUCUGUCUCAUCAGUUAAUUAUUCGUUGUGAACCUAUAUUGACUGUGUUGUGGUGAUGAAGACAAGUUAUUUUUCACAUGUGGCCAAUGCUUUUCACCUUUGCAAAUUACAACCCCCUUAGCAACUGUUGCAUACGAAGUUUCCUUCCCCACUCCCCUUUUAUGUUUUUUGUACAAAUGGGAGUUAAUAAGACAGAGUGAAGGGCAGACUUAUUUAGACAUUAUGAUGUGAUACAUAUGUUGACAACCUUCUGUAAGAGUGUUGAAGGGAUGCUCACCCAUCAUGACCCUGAUGUAUACAUUUGUUAAUAGCAGCUCCUGGUUUAGGCUGCUCGAAUUAUGAUGGAGAUUAUGGCAAUAAGUUUUCUUGUUUAUGUAAUUAAAAGGUAGAUUUGGUCAAUGUGUUUGCCUGCAGUACACAUGAGUAUGUGUAUAUAUAUAAUUGUAUAUCAUAGAUUAUUUUUACAAGAAUCAUUAACUAGCAUUGAAA